AUGAAGGAAAUGUUCAUGGAUAGAGUUGGAAAGGCGCGAGACGGGUUGAGCGGUCUAGAUGUGAGCGUGAGGAGUGUUGCCAUGUCAUUGAAUGGGGGGAUGAGGAAUGAAGAGGAGGCGGAAGACGAGGACCAACCGCAGUGCAGAAUCUGCCUGGAGAGCGACGGUCGGGACCUCAUCGCCCCAUGCAGGUGCAAGGGCUCGGCUCGGUUCGUUCACCGGCACUGCCUGGACCAAUGGCGGGCCACCAAGGAGGGGUUCGCCUUCUGCCACUGCUCCACUUGCAAGGCUCGCUUUCAACUACGCGUGUGCCUGCCGCCCGACCUGAGAUGCCGCCAUCUCAAGUUCAGGUUCUUUGUUGCGAGGGAUGUUGUGCUCGUAACGCUGCUGGUGCAGAUGCUGAUAAUCUGCUUUGGCUACACUGUCUACAUGGCGGAUUACUAUUGGUUCAACCUCGGGUUUCAGAAAGCAUGGGGCGGGCAAAGCCCAGCAGCCUUCUACUACAUCUGUGGCGUGCUGCUCUUCCUCGUGUCCCAACCAGGCUCCCUGCAGAGACCUGGGCGCCUGCUGCUGCGACCCCCUGUGAGUGGUUUGUUUUGGCUCCCCAAGAGAUAG